AAUUUGCCGUGUGAUGAUACUAAUUUAAACAACCGUCAUUAUAUACGUGAUACUUACAAUUAUAUUUUUAAAGUUGUUUCUUGUACCAAUGUGUUUGUAUUUCUGUAUAAAACACAGUAACUAGUUGUAUGUAUAUGCUGCUUCUCCUAGCAUUUGUUAAUUAAUAAAUUUAUAUUUGUUUUUUCAUAAGGCACUUUAAUAAAGCAAGAUAUUUUAAUGAGAUGUAAAUGAUAAUCCCACCUGCUUUAAUAAUAUCCACUGGCGGGCACCAGUGAGGAUUGAUAUCAAAUCAGAUAGAUGCCCAUGAAGUUAGUUAACCCAUUAUCAAUAGUUCACCAGGAAUUAACUAUGAUGGCUUAAUGAUGGGAGACUACAUGGAGGUCGACCUGAUAUGGAAUCAAAUCUACAACUAUUGGAAGAUGUGAUAAACAUGUUUGUUUCACAUGAAAACCAUUGUAAAAAGAAUUUUCAGAAACCAAAUAUUCUUAGAAAAAAAUCAAAAGCUACAGUAAGGACAAAUGUGCAGGGGAUAUGCAUACCUCCAGAGACACAAUCUCUGACAUCACAAGAGACAUCCAGCAGCUUACUGUUAGAUAGCUUUAAUGGAUAUAAUUGUAAUACUUCACUUGAUAUUAUUAGGAGACCAGCACAAAGUUUUAAAUUAGAAAAUGGUUUAGACAGUGAAUCAAAUAAGUUACCAGCCACUGAUAUGAAACUCAUAAUGGAUAAUAGUGUUAUUGGGAACAAUAUGAAUAUGAAUAAUAAUGAAGAGGACUUCAAUCAGGCUGUCAAUGUUGAGUCUUUCUUCAACAAGGGUGUGACUGAUAGAGAGAAUGUUUUGCUCUUCAAUCUAAAUCCAGAUAAAGAAUUACGCACUCUAGUGGUUAUAGAUGAUGAAUCUCAACUAAACAAUAUGUAUGCGGAACAAAACCAAGAAUUAAUAACAAACAUGGUGCCUCUUUCAUCUGUAUCAUUAAUAAAGCCACACAAUCAACGAGAUGAGCAACCAGCACCUACUACUACUGCUACACCAGAACAGGAUUUAUUUCAACAACUCAUAGCUUCUCCUGUUAAGUUCAAAUGUGACUCUCCAAAUUGUAACAAAGAGUUCAGAAGUGAACAAAAAUUGAAGAAACACAAGAAUGUCCACAACAAAGAAGGUGGCAGUGCACCAAGGCAAAUCACUGUGGAGUGCCCUGUAAAGAAAAUUAAUUCUGAUGGUAUUGAGCAGCCAUGUGGGAAAAUUUAUUUGGUACGAAGUCUACUCGUCAAACAUUUGAAUGAGGAUCACACCCUUGAAGAUGCAAGCUACAGAUGCGAGGAGUGCGGGCGCAAGUUCUUCUGGGCGUCGGGGCUUCGCGCGCACACGCGGUCGCACUGGGCGCGGGCGGCGGGCGCGGCAGGAGCGGGAGCGGGAGCGGAAGCGGGCGCGGGCGCGUACGCGUGCUCGUGGCCCGGCUGCGGCCGCCAGUUCCGCCAGCCCUGCCGCCUGCGCGAGCAUGCGCGCGCGCACACUGGCGACAGGCCCUACCCCUGUCCCUACCCGAACUGUGGGUGGUCGUUCCGGUCGGCGAGCAAGCUGGAGCGGCACGCGCGGCGUCACACGGGCGAGCGGCGACACGCGUGCGGCGCCUGCGGCCGCGCCUUCCACCGCCGCGACCACCUGCGCGACCACGCCGCCAGGCACCGCGCCCGCCCCGCCGCCACCAUCGCCGCCACCACCACUGUCGCCACUACCACCGCUACCGCCGCCGCCCGCCGCCGCGGUCCGCACCGCUGCACGCACGAAGGUUGUGAACAUGUCUUCAGCAAUAUGAGUUCGCUUUACAUGCAUAUGAAGAAGGUGCACAGGAAACAAGAGACCAAUACGACGAUCAUUCCAACCGAGGACGCCCCCUCGCUAUUGAAGAACAACUGGGACUUGAUAUUUUUGACAGUGGAGGGUGUAACGGAGACCAGCGAAGAGAAAGAAGUGGACCCGAGAGCGGAAGCGGUAAUGGAAGGUGUUGUUCCCGAGGUGGAGGAAGGCGUGGUGUCGGUAGUGUGCGCGGGGGAGGCGGAGAGAGACGGGCAGGGGGAGGAUACUGUUGCGGAGGAGGGCGGCGGCGGUGCUGCGCGGACGCACUGCCCGUGGCCGCUGCAGUCGCGGGCGCCUCGCGACUUCGUCAUCGAGGAGGACGUGGAACCGUCUGAGAAUUCAGAAAGUAAUAUUUAUACCGUGAGAAGUGAUCUCUUUCUCCAUGGAAAUGUUCUGAUCAACGAAGAUAGUGAACAUAUGGGCGGUGUGUCUGAGGUGGGAGCAGAGGCGGAAGCGGAAGCGGAGGCGAGCGCGGACGAUGCGCUCGGCGAACUGGGACUGCUCGAUGCUCAUCCCACUAUUGAUCUCAUGCAGGAGGAGUUAAUGUACACCGUGUGGCAGUAAUCGCGUUUAAGCGCUAGAGGAAUUUAUUCAUUGAUGCAAAUAAUUUACAAACUGGCAGACAACUAAAUAAUCACAAGCUAGGUUAAGUAGUAACGGCUGCUCAAAGCAAGUCAUUGUUGUGUUAAUAUCUUAUUUAUAUCACUGGAAGUGAUAGAUGUUUAUAAGGAGGUAUAUGUAAGCGAUAUUUAUAGUCUAUGGUUAGUAACAUUUUUAUGGUAGGUUUAGAGCCGUUAUUAAUUGAAGGACAUGAGGUAAACGAUGACAAUUUUUGCUAGACUGUAAUAAUUAUAUUGAUUGUGUAUAUUUAUACGAUCUAUGUAUAUACACAGUAGAAAUACGUGUGGGUAACUGCAAUUUAGUUUUUAUUACAAAGUCAUAAGGCUCCGUUUUAUAUACUAUAAGAUUUAUAAAAAACUGUUGAAGACUCUUUGAAAUGGUUCUUGGAAAGUUUGUAUGUGAUACGAUGUAGCAAAGACAAAGUGUCUUAUAUAUGUGGAUCUUUUUUAUGAAUAGUUAAAAGUAAUGUAAUACAGAUUGUAGUAUAUUUAAGAGAAAUGAAUCAAAUUUGGCAAGAAGGAAUACGGUAUAGAAAGGAGAUGUUUUAGCAAUAUAUGAAGCAUUGGCCCAGUCUAUGUAUAUUAUAUGUAAAAAAAAAAUCCGAAGUAAAUUUUUUUUAAUAAAUUUGCUUCAUCAGAACAUCAAUAAACUGCCUCAAACACGUGGGAUUUUCUAAUCGUUAUUUUUAUUUAAAAAUUCAUACGCCGCAUAUUGCACGCCUUAUAUUAAUUAUAGUAAAUUUUUAUUUUACAGUUUAUACAAUGUUUUAUAUACAGCUAAUUAUAUUAUACAAUAAUUUAUAUAUGAAGUAAACAAAUUAAUUUUAUUGUUUAUUUUUACUUUAUAUUAAAAUUUAUGAUAUGUAACAUAACAUACAUAAAAAAAAAAAAUACUAAAAUAGUUUUCUUACUAAGUGGUUUUGUUUAUUAUAUUAAUUUUAUUGAAUUUUUUCAACAUUUCAUAUUUUCGGUACAUUCUCCUAUAUCUCGAUAUAUUAUUAAAUAGUGUACAAUGACUGGGUCCAAUAUGAAAAAUCUCUUGUAUAAUUUUAUAUGAUACAAGGUAUGAUAAAUGUUAUUUCUGUAGUUACAAGACGAAUGCAAUUCCUAUUGUCGUUUUAUAUUAUGCAUGUGUUUUAUAUAAUUUUUGCCAAAUUUUGAACUAAGGUACAAAUACUUGUGCAUAUACUAAUGAAAUUAUGAUCUACGGUGCAAUAAUUUAUUUUCUAUUUUUUGUAUGAAGCUAUGGUAUUUGGUUAGUAAUUAUUCCGUGUAUCCUAUUGGCUUCCAAAUUAUUUAGGUGAUAUGCACGUAAAAGGUAAAAGAAAAGAAAUGUAAAAAGAGUUAUCAAUACGGAAUUCAACGUUCUUUUUUUGUUGUUGUUCAAUUCCUCUUUUUGUGUUACACAUGCUCUUGUUAACUGUGAAUUAUGUCUCUCUUAAUUUUUUUUAUUUUUAUCACAAAAUUGGUUUUUGGAUAUUUGUCUUUGCUUAUAAUUAUUAUAUGUCUCGGUGUCAAAGAAAAAGUAUAACUAAAUAUAUAAAUUAAAGCAGGUAAUUCAUAUACAAACACUACAAAUAUGUCUUAAAAAAUUGCGGUUUUAUAUGAGAAAAAGUAACAUUGAUUUCCGUUUGCAUUGAAAUUUUAUUACUUACUCAUAUAAAUAACCGUUGUCAUCACUUUUAUAUAAAUGAACAAUACAAACGUAUGAAUUACUUGACCAUCUGAGUAAUCAUAUGAGCUAGUCAUAAACAAGUUAUUUAGUAAACACACACAUACAUCUCAAUGUCGUACUUAUAUUAAUUUAUAACAGUAGAUUCAAAAUGUGACGUCAUUAUUUUACGAUGUUUCGUUUCCUACGUUUUUUCCCACGAUUCUCACAAACAAUUCGUAAACUAGUAUGCGUAGUUUGGUUUUAAUUUGUUGGUAUUAAAGUUAGCGGUUCUUUAAAUGUAUCGCCAAGAAGUAAUGAUCUCUAGAAAUGCCUUUUAUAUUAAGGACUGUGUGGAUUGACCAUUAUAGCGUAAUGUCUAUUUUUUGUGAUAAUAUUAAUUAAAAUGUAUGUACAGUGGAUUGUUUCCAUGUUGUAUGGAAGUUAAGUCUGAAUAGAUCUAAUAUCCUUGGUUAAGGUGGUUUCCUUUAUGAUUGAAUACUCGAUCGUGUGUUUUAACUAUAAUAUAAUACGUCUUUUUGACAUAAAUUCCUUUUAUAGCAUACGAAAGACACGAUAGGAUUAUAUUGUAAUUAAUACCUAUGUCCAUGAUGUACAAUUAAAAAGGGGCGUAAUCAGACACAAAUAAUAUAAUAGACAAUAUCGAUACUGUAGUUUUAAAUUAGAAGAUGAGAGAGUGCUUUCACAAUAUAUGGAUAGUAUUGUAAAGUUAACAUGUCGAAUUUGAUUAGAAUUACAUUAAACGAGAACGAGAAUCAAAACGUAUUAGGUAUAAUGGUUUAAAAGAGAUAGUAUGUUAAUUGAACUACGAUAGAAUGCUCCUAGCUUUACGAGUGAUUUGUGUAUAUGCUUCAAAAACUAUUCAUAGGAGGUUUACUAUAGUGAAUCAGUCAACUUCGUGCGUCGCUUACCAGCAGAGUGAUAUAUCUUGUCUAGAUUCUGCUCAAGUUAUUAUCACGUUGUUGGUUUUACUCUAUUUGACGUUCCAUUGUUUCUGCCUAUCUUAAUGGGAGACGGGCGUGACAGAUAUGUAUGUAUGUAUGUAGUUUUGUUCUAUCCUAUGUAUCAUCAUACCUGUUGACGCCUAAUAACGUGCCACGCACGAAUUUGACUGAUCAAGUUUGUAUUACAAUUUACAAUGAUCAAAACGCUUAUUUUAAUAACAAUUGUUUUAUCUAAAAUAACAUACUGAAAUGUCAGGAUAAUUAUUCAGUGAAGUAGGUAAUUUGAUAAGGUGACUGAAUAAUAAAUUUCUAUUUUAUCAUCAAUUAAUUUUAAAUCGUUUUAUCUAUUUAGUGUAUGGCUGAUUUUAUUAUAGGAUGAAAUAACAAUAAAUAUAAUACUUAAUUCAUAAAUUUUAAUGAGACAUGAGAUAAUGCGACCGAUUUUAAAUUAUACUAUUAUGUAAAGGAUACUAAGUGGACGAAAUAGGAAGUCUGUUUGAAGUAUAGAGGCCAUUCGUGUGUAGUUCUGUCUACUCCGUAAGAAGUGUGGCGUAAAAAGAUAAAUACCUUCCGUCUUUUCACAGAAAAGUUGCGAUACACAGGUGUUCAGUACAUGUUUAGAUGACUAGAAAAGUCUAAAUAAAAAAAAGUUUAUGUUAUAAAAAAUAAAAAGGUGUUUAGUAUUUUAUACAUAUAUUAAUAAUAAACUAUAGAUUUUGGGCCGUAAAAUUAUAAAUAGACGUUAUUGCGCUUAUUAAACAAUAUUUAAUCAUUUAGAUACACAAUGUGUUAAAUUAUUUUUUUUUAAUAAGUCCGUUUACAUUUUAAAGUAGUUUUGAUAAAUGUAAUUUAUCAAAUAUUUAAAAUGAAUGAUGGCACUGAAACUAAAAUGCGAUUUUCUAGUUGUUACUUAUAUACAUUAUACACGUAGAAACAUUAUUAUUUCAAAAUCGCAUCGUUACAUUACCACACUGCGAAUUGGAUCCGUGUAAACGUUCAGGUUUAUACAAUUUUCUUGAUGUCAUUGAGCAGUGAGGCAAUUUUUGCAUUAUUUUUAAAUUUUAAAUAUUUUUUUUUAAAUCUCUCUAAAUUAUUACUUUAUUAAAUUAUACUAUUUUUAAAAUUAAGCAAACUAAAACAUUAAUCGUAGAUUAGUUGCACAUAACUCUAUCAUGUCACUAAAAAUUUUAUAGUAUUUAUAUAUUUUGCUGUAGAAGUUUACAAACAUUUUUUCUGAAUUCAAAAUCCAAUCUUUCAAUGUUACUUUAGUAAAAAUCGUAUUAUUACAUAAUUCACAUUUUAAUUCCCUCAUUUUAGCAGCAUUUUUCAAAUAAUUAUUUAGAAAUAUUAAAGUCAAACUUUGGUAUAAAUAUUUUUAUACAAUUUGAGGGGAUAUAACUGUGCAAUGAAAAUUCGCAGUGUGGUAUUUAGGGUUCUAUGCACGACAAAUUUUGACACUGUCACAGUCUUGCCGACAUGUUGGGCCGGAAUCAAGCAUUCUUGAGUUUUUUUUUAUUAAUUUUUAAGCGCGACUGACCACAGUCUACCUUGAAAUUGUGUGAUGACGUGGCCUAUUAUAUUCUAGUCUUGAAGGGCGACAGAUUGCAUGAGUUGUAAUAUUAUAUACUUAGUAAAUAGAGACGUAAUAAAGAGGGGAGAAUUCCAUUUUUAAUUUUUGAAUUUCUUUAGCUGUUUUAAUUAGGAAUAAAUGAUUAGUUUGUUAUAUCGGCGCGAUUGAUUUCCGCAAGUAUCAAUUAGCAGCCAAGCUAACAGAUCGGCCCAAGCAAACGGGCACCGUGGCUUUAAUUGUCACAAAAUUAAUAUGGGAUCAACAUGGCAGUAGACCUUAUUGAUUUCAAUCAAAUCGUGUGUAGAUGCUUUUAUACUUUACAAUAAUUUGUGUAAAUAGUUACAAUUAGUGCUGAAUUUAAAAAUAAGUAUCUGAACUAAUGUUAGAUAUGCUAAUAGAUGCUUAUAAAACACACUCCCUUGCAGUUCGAACAUCUGGUAUCCUAACACGUAGCCAAGUGGGGUAUAUGAAAAAUUAGGUAGGAACUUUUGCUAGGUAUGCCAUCUGAACACGGAAAUGACUGAAGGCCAGACCGAAGGUAUAGUGUUUGUUUAAGACUUGAUUUAGCUAACAAUUUAGACAUUAAUAUUGUAAAUAAGAAAAUAUAUUUUUGGAUAUACAAAAUAAAUGAUAAGAUGGCUUAUUUUUUGAGACUGUUGUCCAAAAUAUAAUAUCAUGAUAUCAUUUUGUUAAAAUUAUAAUAAUAUAUCUAAUUAAGAUGUAUUGCAAAAUUAUUUUUAUAAAUGAGUUUUAUUUUGGUUGUUUCUAUUUGUUUUGUUUAAUAUUUUCGGAUGUAUACAUAAUGUAAGCACGUUCUCGUAUCGUACAGACACGCUAAGUCAGAUGUUUCAUUAAGAAUAUCACAUAUCAAUAAUUGUUUAGUUUGUUAUUAAUUGUGUUUGGAUAGUAACACAAUAGUGUUUGGAUGAAGAUGAAAUAAAUGUUCUUGGAUAACUACA